UUAUCUCUCCCAAAUCUCUCUCCAAAAACCUAAUUUUGAGAAAUCAGUAGAAGCUUCAAUGGAGGGCGUCUUAUCUGCUGUGGAUCAGCAGAGAUUGGUUUCCUCCUUUUUGGAGAUCGCAAUCGGCCAAACAGCCGACACUGCUCGCCAGUUCCUUCAGGCUACAAGCUGGAAUUUUGAGGAAGCUAUUCAACUCUAUUUCAUUGGCAAUGAAGGCAGGGCAGCUCAACCUCCUGCAUAUUUUCCACCAGUGGGAGAUGACUUUCCUCCGCAUGAUUUGGAGAAUGAGUUGGGUCGUCCAGAUGACACUGAUGGUGUGCGGGCACCUUUACCUGUGAAAAGAGAUGUUCUUUAUGACAGUCCAAUGCUUUAUGGCAGAACACGAACAGGAGAUUCAUCACAAGGAACUCCUUCUGUAGUUCCAUUUCGCAAUUUUCAGGAGGAGAUGAAGCGACCUGGAGUCUGGGAAGCAGAACAAGGUUCUUCGUCUUCUGUUCCGGAUAAAGUUCAGGAUAAUCUUGCCUCCUUAUAUCGUCCUCCCUUUGCUAUAAUGUACCAUGGCCCCUUUGAAAAGGCUAAAGAUCAUGCAAGAGUUCAGAACAAAUGGCUCCUUGUCAACAUGCAGUCCACUAAGGAAUUUAGCUCCCAUAUGCUUAACCGCGACACUUGGGCAAAUGAAGCUGUUGCUCAGACUAUUAAGACAAACUUCAUUUUCUGGCAGGUAUAUAAUGAUACUGAAGAGGGGAGCAAAGUUUGUACUUACUACAAAUUAGACACUAUUCCAGUCAUUAUGGUGAUCGAUCCCAUAACAGGUCAAAAAAUGCGUUCUUGGCGUGGAAUGAUUCAACCACAAAACUUGCUUGAGGAUCUGUUACAAUUUAUGGAUGGCAGCCCCUCAGAUCUUCAUGUCAGUCACUCUCAUAAACGAUCCAGAGAAAGUUCAAAGUCUCCUAUUCCACGUCCCCAACCAACUACAGCUGCAGAUAACAAUAAUGAGAAUGAUGAAGAACUGCAGAGAGCGCUGGCUAUGUCUAUGGAUGAUCACAAGGAGACUGAUACAAAAUCAGAUCACACCGAAAAAGUGGAUGAUGCCACCACUGCUGAGCCGCAAGUUAAGAGGCCAACUUAUUUACCUUUGCCUGAAGAACCCAAGGGUGACAGGAAUCUGCUUUGCAUGGUUGGAAUACGUCUCCCUGAUGGCCGCAGAAUCCGGAGGAACUUCCUUCGCACCGAUCCAGUUCAGCUGCUAUGGUCAUUCUGCUCCUUGGAGCUGAAGGAAGACAGUAACCGGCCAUUUCGCCUGAGCCAAGCUAUUCCCGGUGCAUCAAAGACAUUGGAUUUCAAUGUCAUUUCAACAUUUGAGGAUUCGGGGCUUGCCAACUCAAUGAUUUCGGUAACUUGGGAAUGAAGACCAGGCGGAUGAGAUACUGCGUUGAAGAGUUUUUACUUCGGAAGCUCGGAUAUUUAUGUCCCUUUCAUUUUGUUGUUCUUAUAAGAAGGGGAGAUGGGUAGAAUGAAAUCAGUCAAAGCUACUGUGAUGCAUCUCUUGUAUAUAUUGCGUGAAGCAAACUACAGUUUUAGUUCUAUACUUUUGCUUCCUUUAUUUAGUUUGGAGAAGGAACUCAUUAUGAAUCUGUAAAUUUGUUAUUUAAAAAGAUACUCUUAUGCAUCACGUUUUAUUUUGAA